AAAAAAAACAAUGUUUAUUUUUAUCUUAUCUUUCCAUUUUGAACAAAUUAGUUUGAUUAAAAAAUGUUAAAAUUCUGGCAAAGUACAAUUUUUUUAAAUAUUUUCUGCGGCUGCACAUGCGCAAAACGUUUUAUUACGACACCCUAGAUAAAAAAAUAACAUGACACCUGCAGUAUUUCGAAAUAGAAAUCAAAUUAUGACGUCUUUUUAUUUUUACAAUUAAACUACACAUCUUGAUAUUCUUGAGUACCAAAUUUGUACUAAAAUGAAUUCGAUUUACAAGUAUCAAACUAUUAUAAAAGCUCCCAGCUUCCUUAGAAGAUUUAUUGGAAUAUCGCAAUUUAGAAAUGCUUCAUUUAAAGUUCAAGAUGACAAAGAUUUUGCUGAAAAAGUAGAAAAUAGCAAGGAUAUCAUUCUUGUAGAUUUCUUUGCAACUUGGUGUGGCCCUUGCAAAGCUCUAGAACCAAGAUUGCAAAAUGUGAUAGCACAAAAGAAAGGACAAAUUAGUUUGGCUAAAGUUGAUAUAGACGACUUGGGAGAGUUAGCUGCAAAAUAUGAGGUGUGGGUGUGUGCCUAACAAAAUUCUGCUGCAUGGUUUAGAAUCGAGGGUAAAAUUGAAACGAUUUUGGAUGUAUUAUAUUAAAUAAUUUUUUUAAAGGAUAAAAUCCAAAUUAUCUAUAUAUACCACUUAAUAAUUAUGAAAUUAAGCCAGAAUCAUCUCUAGAUUUGAUUUAACUAUAAUGUAAGCACCAUACCUGCUUUAUAUAUCUUUCAAGAUGGUAAGGUUAAAGAGCGAUUGAUUGGACUUCAAGAUGAGGAUAAGUUGCAUACCUGGAUUGAUAAAAUAUUGAAGAAAUAAAAAUCUUCGUUGAAACCUAGCUUUAAAAAGUUAAGUGAUAUUUGUUAAAACUUAAGUCAAUAAAAAUAAAUUAAAUCUAUUUAGUUUUCUUUUAUUAGUUUGGCUUUUAAAAUUCAUUUAAGUAAUAGUCUAACUCAGAUUUAAAAUAUGCCCUACUGGAUAUGACAAUACCUUUUGGCUAAAUUUGGCAACAUUGUACCAUAGAAAAAUGUAUAUAAAAUUGCUUUGUGGAAUAUUAAAAAUGCAUUUUUUAUAUCAUAAUUUGGACCCCGUAGCGACGUUCUCAAUAAAUCCAUAAAUAUGCAUGUCAGAUUUCAGAAAAAAUCUUAACCUUUCAUUGCAGCAUCCA